UCAAUGGAUGCCAGCAGUAACUGUGAAAUGUUGCUCCAUUUACUUAGGGAAAACUCACACUGAAGAUGAAAAUCACCCCUGUGCAGUGGGCUGGCUGAAGAGCCAGCGUAUGAGGCACAGCAGCCACUCUGCAGAGAACUCUCCAAUUGAGCGACGAAGCCUAAUGACCUCAGAUGAAAAUUAUCACAAUGAAAGGGCUGGAAGGAAGAGCAGGAACCGCUUGUCUUCCAGUUCCCAACACAGCCGAGAUCACUAUCCUCUAGUGGAAGAAGAAUACUCUGACUCCUACCAGGACACUUACAAACCCCAUAGGAACCGAGGAUCCCCUGGAGGAUAUAGCCAUGAUUCACGACACAGGCUUUGAGUUCAAGAACCUGGGGAAAAAUAGUAUUCAUCAGUUGGUAACUUGCCAUAACGUAGCUAGGAAAAAAACAAAUUCAUCUUAAUUUGGCAGAUGUGACACAGUUAUACUGAAGUUGCACUCUGCUGUCAUUUGAUGUUAAGUAGGGGGCAAAAAAAAAAAAAAGUUACCAUGCCCUUAUGUUUAUGCCCAAUCACAUGGGUUGUUUUUUUGAUUUAUUUAUUUUUAGUAUAGCAUUUGCAUUUAUAGCCAUACUUUCUCUUGUCGUUAGAGAUUAGACACAUCCAUUUGUAAUUUAGGGUACUUAUCAAGGCACUUAUAAAAUAAUUUCCUGUGCUGGAAAUUCCAAAUGACCAGUUCCAGUUGGAACCAAUUUAUAAACCAAUUCCUGUUGGAAUUUGGGUGAAUUGACUGGAAAGUCGACUUGAGCAUGUUGCAAUCA